CAUUACUUUUUUAAUAAAACGCAUCGAGAUGAAAUGUUUAAUUAGUAUUUUUAUUGCUUUAGUUUGUGUUAUUCAAAUUGAAGCAGUGCCUUUAAAAUUGCUUGAAAAUAGUUUGGAAGUUCAGAAUAUUAUCGGGAAUGUGCCCGAAGAAGACAGGAAAGCUUUUUACAAGGAUCAGAUAUUUAAAGGAUAUGAAUUACGUUCAAAGAUGCAAUUUGAUGUUCCAAAGGAAAUAACUUUGAAGAUUUACGAUUAUUUUUUGAAAAAUAGAAAAGUUGAAAAUUUAACAACAAUUCACAAUAUUCGCGAUACAAUUUGCUUUCCAAAUGGAGAUUGUAUCGAUACUGAUGAUCCUGGGGUUCGUCCUUUCAUCAGCUAAUAAAAUGUAAUUAAAAUUACAAUAAAU